AUGGAGAAAUUUGUGGUUGUAUUUGAUGAUAAGGUGAUCAAUUAUAUAAAUGAUGAUGUUGCUUUAUCUAUUCUAUCUAAAUUGUCUUUCAAAUCUUUGAAGCGAUUUGAAUGUGUUCAUAAGUCAUGGUCUCUCUUAUUUGACAAUCCUACUUUUAUGACUCUGUAUCGCCGCAAUUUUUUCUCCAAAUGUUCUUACGACGAUGAUACAUCUCUCAUCUUACAUAUCCACGGUCACAAGAAAUUGCAUUCUCUUUCUGGUGAGGGUUUUGAGAAUAUAGUGGAACUAGAUUGGCCAAAUCAAAUGGACCGAUGGAUAUAUCUUGGUUUUGGGUGUGUUAAUGGUAUACUUUGUUUUGAGGAUCCUAUUUGGCACAAAAUUGUAUUAUGGAAUCCAUCUAUCAAUGAAUUGAAGGUCAUUCGUUCAAGCCCUUUUGAGUCAUUUAUCCCACCUGCUACCCUAAAUUUUGGAGCUUCAGUUCAUUAUAGUAUUAUUCCGAAUCUCCAUGGAUUUGGUUAUGACUGUGUAGGAGAUGACUAUAAGUUCAUUCGUAAUACAUCGAUAAAACCUAAGUUGCACAUUUUUCAGCCAUCUGGUAGAGAUUUAAAAUUGGCGCGAGAUAAAUCAUUAAAGUCCUUUUGGGAGAUUUAUAGCUUAAAAAAUAACUCUUGGAAGAAACUUGAAAUUGAUAUGCCUAGUUGUUCUAAGUAUAAUUCUGGCUUUGGGACUUUUCGAGUAUACUUGGAUGGAGUAUGCCAUUGGUUGAAUUUAAAUAGAAAUAAUAAUUAUGAUGAGGCGUCUUUAAUAUCAUUUGACUUGAACAGUGAGGCUUUCAUUAACACACCCAUUCCCUCAUUUGCUGGAGAGUGUUGUACGGGAUUAUCGGUGUUAAAUGACUCCAUUGCCUUGUUCACAUAUGAUCAUAAUAUACGUACUUUUGAGAUAUCUACUUUUGACAUAUCUGUGUUAGGUGAAAUUGGUGCCGAGGAAUCAUGGUACAAACUCCUUACUGUUGGACCGCUCCCUUGGUUUGAGAUUCCUAUAGGAGUGGGGAAGAAGGGAGAAAUAUUCUUUAAAAAGAGAGAUAAUGAAUUUGUUUGGUUUGAUUUUAAUACCAACACGGUUAAACAUCUUGGUUUCAAAGCCGGCCGAGUUUUUCACCAAGCUAAUCCUGGUUGUCGCAUGGUCAUUCGUUCAAGCCCUUUUGAGUCAUUUAUCCCACCUGCUACCCUAAAUUUUGGAGCUUCAGUUUGUUAUAGUAUUAUUCAUAAUCUUCAUGGAUUUGGUUAUGACUGUGUUGGAGAUGACUAUAAGUUCAUUCGUAAUACAUCGAUAAGACCUAAGUUGCACAUUUUUCAGCCAUCUGGUAGAGAUUUAAAAUUGGCGCGAGAUAAAUCAUUAAAUCCCUUUUGGGAGAUUUAUAGCUUAAAAAAUAACUCUUGGAAGAAAAUUGAAAUUGAUAUGCCUAGUUGUUCUAAGUAUAAUUCUGGUUUUGAGACUUUUCGAGUAUACUUGGAUGGAGUAUGCCAUUGGUUGAAUUUAAAUAGAAAUGAUAAUUAUGACGAGGCAUCUUUAAUAUCAUUUGACUUGAGCAGUGAGGUUUUCAUUAACAUACCCAUUCCCUCAUUUGCUGGAGAGUGUUGUACGAGAUUAUCAGUGUUAAAUGACUCCAUUGUCUUGUUCACAUAUCAUCAUAAUAUGCGUACUUUUGAGAUAUCUACUUUUGAUAUAUCAGUGUUAAGUGAAAUUGGUGCCGAGAAAUCAUGGUACAAACUCCUUACUAUUGAAUCGCUCCCUUGGUUUGAAAUUCCUAUAGGAGUGGGGAAGAAGGGCGAAAUAUUCUUUAAAAAGAGAGACAAUGAAUUUGUUUGGUUUGAUGUUAAUACCAACACGGUUAAACACUUUGGUUUCAAAGUCGACUGA